CAUUACCGGCAUUUCAGCACCACUGCCGGCCGGUCGGGUUUUUAGUCAGUGGUCAAACCACAAGUGAAGGGUUAUUUAUCUUGUUUUAUUUAUACAACUUGUUUACAAAAUGCCUGGAUAUACCGACAGAGACCGCGGCAGAGAUAGAGACAGAGACAGAGGCUAUGGCGGCGGUCCUCCUCGCUUUGGUGGCAACCGUGGUGGAGGAGGUGGAGGAAAGUUCGGCAACCCCGGUGAACGGCUGAGGAAGAAGCAGUGGAACCUCGACGAGCUCCCCAAGUUUGAGAAAAACUUCUACCAGCAGCAUCCCGACGUUGCCAGGAGGUCGCCGCAAGAAGUUGAACAAUACAGAAGGGCCAAAACAAUUACAUUUAAGGGAAGAGACUGCCCAAAUCCUAUUAUCAACUUCCACGAGGCCAGCUUUCCAUCUUAUGUGAUGGAUGUGAUCAACAAACAGAACUGGACUGACCCAACACCCAUCCAGGCCCAAGGCUGGCCCCUGGCUCUCAGUGGUAAAGACAUGGUUGGAAUUGCUCAGACAGGCUCUGGCAAGACGCUCUCGUAUUUGUUGCCUGCAAUUGUGCACAUCUGCCACCAGCCUUUCCUGGAGCGUGGAGAUGGUCCCAUUUGCUUGGUGUUAGCCCCCACCCGUGAGCUCGCGCAGCAGGUGCAACAGGUGGCAGCAGAAUAUGGCAGAGCUUCUCGCCUUAAGUCCACCUGCAUCUACGGUGGAGCACCCAAGGGACCCCAGAUCCGUGACCUGGAAAGAGGUGUUGAGAUCUGCAUCGCCACUCCAGGAAGGCUCAUCGACUUCCUUGAGGCAGGAAAGACAAACCUGCGCCGGUGUACUUACCUUGUGCUGGACGAGGCCGACAGAAUGCUGGACAUGGGCUUCGAGCCACAGAUCCGAAAAAUUGUGGACCAAAUCAGACCUGACCGUCAGACUCUGAUGUGGAGUGCCACUUGGCCCAAAGAGGUUCGCCAGCUGGCAGAGGACUUCCUGAAGGACUAUGUUCAGAUCAAUAUUGGGGCGCUGCAGCUCAGUGCCAACCACAACAUCCUGCAAAUUGUGGACGUCUGCAAUGAUGGAGAGAAGGAGAACAAACUCAUCCGACUGCUGGAGGAAAUCAUGAGUGAAAAGGAGAACAAGACCAUCAUCUUUGUAGAGACAAAGAGGCGCUGUGAUGACCUCACCAGGAGGAUGCGAAGGGAUGGGUGGCCAGCUAUGGGAAUCCAUGGAGAUAAAAGCCAACAGGAAAGAGACUGGGUUCUCAAUGAGUUCAAAUACGGAAAGGCUCCGAUUCUCAUUGCUACAGAUGUUGCCUCUAGGGGUCUAGAUGUUGAAGAUGUGAAAUUUGUCAUCAACUUUGACUACCCCAACAACUCUGAGGACUAUAUCCACCGCAUUGGCCGCACAGCUCGUAGCCAAAAGACAGGCACGGCUUACACCUUCUUCACUCCGAACAACAUGAGGCAGGCCAGUGACCUCAUCUCUGUGCUCCGCGAGGCCAACCAGGCGAUCAACCCCAAGCUCCUCCAAAUGGCGGAAGACAGAGGAGGUCGUUCAAGGGGAGGCAGAGGUGGCGACUAUAGAGAUGACCGUCGGGAUAGGUAUUCUGGAAGGCGUGAUUUUGGCGGUUUUAGGGACCGUGAUAACGGUAGAGGGUUUGACAACGGACCAAGCAAAGCUUUUGGCACAAACACACAGAACGGGGGCUAUGGGGGCAGCAACAAUGGCGGCGGCAGCAGCAACGGCUUCAGCGGAAGCAGCUACAACGGUAACGGACAGUCCAACUUUAACAACAACCAGGCGGGAGCCUUCGGAGGCCAGAACUUCCAGGCUCAACAGUUUGCUCUCGGUAAGGGUGGUGCACAGGCUGCUGCCGCACAUCCCCAGUUCCCCUUCCCUCAGGCACAGGCUCCGCAGCAGCAUCCCCCGCCGCUGGUGCCGUACCCCAUGCCUCCUCAGUUCUCUCAGUAAACACACCACAUACUUGAAAGAAGUAAUUUAUUGCUUUUUUUGUCUCUUUUUAAGUUCAACACUUGAUCCAGAAUUUUUUUGUAUUCACAACAGGGUUACAAACAACGUCAACCUCCUAUUAAGCCUUUUAAGAUCUGCAGUGCAGCAGUAGUGGUGUUGCGCACUUGUUUUUCCUAUUAUUUAAUUUGUUACAUUCCUCAGUAAUGUUUAGUUAAUGUUUUGUACUAGGUAAUUACAAAUGUAUAAGUUUUUCAUGUGUAUCAUUGAAAGUGAUAAGCUCCGGACUUGGAAGUGCACUGCAUGAUCUUUCAAAUAAAACAUAAAAAGAGA